AUGGACGAGGUUGACGAUAUUCUGAACAACAACCAGGUGGUGGACGAUGAGGAGGACGAUGAAGAGAUGCUGAGCGGAUUGGAAAACGACUCUAAGCAGGACCUCGAGGGGAACGAUGAUGGUGAUGACGACGAUGACGAUGAUGAAGACGAACAGGAAGACGAUGAGGAUCAAGACGACGACGAUGGCGAGGAUGUUGCCGAGAAAGUGGAGAAGACUAAUGUGCCAAUGGAUGACCAGCGUGCCGACCAAAAGCCUGCUGAUGCUGCAGACGCUUCUAGUAAAGUCGGAUCCGAAGAGAAUGAAGUGAACGAUGUUGGCGGGGCGCAAGAGUCGCGGGGUUCUUCUUCGUCUGCACACGAGGCCUCUGUCAAGGGAGAAGUCUACGAGUACUAUAAACACAUGUUGCGUGCCGCGCAGAUUGCUGAUUCGUACAGUAUCUACCCCACGGCAGCCAUACCCAUCCAAACGCACGUCAAUGCUCUAGCUGUUUCUAGAGGUCUUAAGUAUCUGUUCUUGGGUGGUAGCGACGGCUACAUCAGGAAGUACGACCUGCUAAACUCUCUUGAGGGGAAACUUUCCCUGACGAUCUUGCAGAAGCAUUCGUUGACUGAAUCCAUCCAGAACGCCGGUAUACUGCAGUCAUAUUGGGAAAAUGAGAUUCCGCAGAAAAAAUCAGAAAUGAAAUUCUCGGCGCACAAGACAGAUUACGAGCCCAAGGUAAGUCCUGUUCACUCCCUGGAAGUACAAAGUGAGUGUCUCUUCAUAUUAAGUGGGCUACAAAAUGGUGGAAUUACCAUGCAGGGCGUUCGGUACAUGGAGGGGAGCAUAGCGCACUACUUCAAGGGCAGGAACGGUCACAGCCAAAUCGUCAAUAUCCUGAAACUCAACGGUCAAGAGAGCAGGUUUUUGAGUGGCUCUUGGGACAAGCGUCUUUUGGAAUGGGACCUGCAAACAGGUGACAUUGUCAACGAAUUUAGAAAAUCAAGAUCCGAAUUGUCGUCUUUGGAAAUGCGUCCACUGUAUUCCUCAGUGGAUGUAUGCAGUAACGUCAACAGCGGCAAGGAGAAUGAAAACGCCGAUGACGAUAUGGAUUCCCUAUUUGGUGAUGAAGACGAAGACGAAAAGCAAGAUGUUGACAACGACCCCAUCAAAACAGAUGACACCUCUCGUGAUGAAGGAAACAAAGAACAGAUUUCAAAAGAAUCUUUGAAUAUAGUCUAUGACGAAUCCGUGUUUAUGACUUCCGGAUUGAAUGGUUCCAUGUAUAUUUGGGACCGACGCACGACGCAGUCGCCGGCAUUGUCUCUGGAAAGAGGACCGGGCGUCCCACCAUGGUGUCUGUCAGCGUGUUGGAGUGUAGAUGGUGAUCAUGUGUAUGCGGGGAGAAGAAAUGCCUGCGUGGAACAGUUUGACUUGAAAAUGCCCUCGAAACCAAUGCAUAAUUUUAAGUUGCCAUCUAUUUCAGGUCCUGUCUCUUGCGUGAAAGCUAUGCCCAAUGACAAACACAUACUAUGCGCAUCGAGGGACAAUAUCAGACUGUAUAAUGUGGAACUCGCGGUGGUUGCUUCGAACCCCGCUACAAAAAGUUCAAAGGUGCCGUUCCUCAUUGUUCCUGGCCACCACGGUGGUAUCAUAUCAAAUCUUUACCUAGACCCAACUUCAAGAUUUAUAAUUAGUACUAGUGGCAAUAGAGGUUGGCAAGGUAAUUCUACCGACACAACUCUUAUUUACGAUAUAGACCUAGAAUAG